GCCUGGGGCGGCUGCAUGGGGCGGCGGCGGCGUCCGGCAGGCCGGGCGGCCGGGACCGGGACGGGGGCGAGGGCGCUGCCCGAGGCCAUCGCCGCGCUGUGUCGGACGCUGCCCGCAGGGCCCGGCCCCGAGACUUUCCGUCGCGCCAAGUUCGACCUCCCGGAGGCGGCCCCCGCGCUCUGGCGGCUGCUCUCCUGUGUGCUCUCGCCGCGCUCGGAGGCCGACACCACUGGCUCGCUAACCCGCGAGGCCCAGGUCCGCUUGGUGAAGUCAGCAAUGCGCUCCCAGGGCUACCCUCGGCCAGCGCUCUUCCAGCUUCCGGAGGACGGCUCCCAGGGCAGCCGCGAGCUCCUGCUGGCCCUGUCCUGGCUUCUGGCCCGAGGGCCCCUUAUCGAGCAGCUGCUGGCCCGGACCCGCGUCCGGCUGGGUGACGAGAUGCCCGUGUGCGAGUGUGAGGACCUAGCCUAUGGCAGGGCCAGCCCUGGUCUGCCUACACCGAGCAAGGAUGCUGACGGCUGUGUGGACGUGCGUCAUGUGCAGUGGCUGAUGGGAAAGCUGCGGUUCCGCUGGCGGAGCCUUAUCUCCAGUCACCAGGAGCACUGCGCCCUCCUGAGCAAGAUUCAUAAGUACACCCAGGGCUGCCACAGUGACCGAAACCUUGGCCACCUGUCUGUUGCUGAAACGGAGCUGCUCAGGGACCCGGAGGGUGGCCAGCAGCUGCUGCAGAUGCUGGAGUUUGAGAACGUGCGGCUGGAGGCCGCUCUCGAGUGGCGGCGCCUAGAGCAGGUCUUCUGGCAAUGGAUGGACACAGUCCUGGGUGCCUCCCCCCCAGACUCCCCCAACGCUGGCUCACAGCCCACGUUUCUGCCCAGCAUCCCUGAGCGAGUGGCUGGGGAGUUGGAACUGGUGUCUCGGGAGCUGCAGGCCCUUCAGAAGGAGCUGCAGGAGGCCGUGGAGGUGCGGCGGGCAUCGUGGGAGGCCCAGGUCCGCGGCCAGGGGCCCGAGUGGAGUGCUGAGAUGCGGGCCUCGAAGGAGGCUGUGGGGCAGGAGCUGGCGGCCCUGUGGCAGGCCUGGGAGCGAGAGGGGGGCCUGGCCCAGCCCCACAGGCCCAACCGGCUGGUGAGGAGUGAGGCUGGGGCUCCCCCAGGGCAGGGCCUGUGGGCCACUGAGGCCAUCGGGGCACUGAGGAGCAAGGAGGCCUGCCUGGAGGCAGUGCUAUGCUGGCUGCAGGGACAGAGUCAGCAGGAGCUGGCCAGGCUGGCUGGAGCCCUGCCAGGAGUCAUCUGGAUCCCGCCACAUGGACGCUGAGGACCGCGGUUGCAUCGUCCCCAGUGGGAACCUGGCUUAUCCUGCCCUAGUGACAACAGGGACAACUGACACAGAGCCUCUGAGAGGUGCACUCCUUCUGGGCUGGGGCUGUCCUGACUGGCCAGAUCCCAGUCCCUUGGCCAGCAGUCCCUACCUGCUGUCCCCUCCCCAGGGGUCACAAGAGGUCCUGUCUGGUGGCCAUGGGUGUCAGGGCCUGGAAUGGGCUCAGAAGUCACUCGUGGAGGCCUCCCUGGGGGCUUAGGCCCCGGCCAUCCCUCUAGGGUCCUCUCGUAUCUCUGGGGAUGGUAGUGGGCAGAGAUGAGUCUCAGGCUGAGGGGAGACACCUGGGCAUUAGUGGCUGAGGCCAGUGCCAGAGGGACCAGCCUGGUCUGAGCUCUGAAGCACGGGGUGGGUGUCGGGGACCAGCCCUGCUAAGAGGGCUCAGGGGAUACAGUGAGUAGGGGAGGCUCUACAGGAGCCCAGGCCUCCCUGGCCCGAUGUGUCAAUACCCUGCCCUGGAUGCGCCCCCCACCCCCCCCAGCUGUGAGAUGUGCCUGGUGUGGUGGGUGGGGAGGGGUGCUGGAUGAGCGCCCUGUGGGGGCUCUGCUCGCUUCCUGGGGGCGGUGCUCUGGGUGGAGGGAAGCCCACCCUGGGGACAGAGGGGCUUUGUCUUAGAGACUGCUUGGCAAUCCUAGCUAGGCCUAGACAAAGAGCCAUCUGUGUUCCAGGAUGUGUCCCCCACCUGCCGGAAUGGCCCUUCCUCACAGCACCCCCGCCCCCACCAGCAGGGACAGGCAGCCUGGCUACCUCCAGCCUGCUGCCUGCACCAAACCUUCCUCUUUCCAUGGCUGUUGUGCCUCUGGUCUCAGACAGCCUGUCUCUGUCUACAUAGCCAUUGGCCUCUGCCUAAGGGUUUCAGACCCUGGAAGACAGGAGCCUGGUGAAGGUGGCAGGCUGAAGGCCUUUGGGUGUAUCAGAUGUUACAUGUACAAAAACUAAGCAUAAAAUGGAAUACCACACUCGUGUUCCUGUGUUUGUCUUGUUUUGUCUGGUUCCAACCUCAGUGAUCCUUUUGACUCCUGACUGUGUCACCCACUGGGCCAGCUCUCACCCUCCACUCAGCUCAGGGUCUUGUCCCUUGUCAUUAGUUGACCCUGGGCUGUUGAUGUCUUGAAGCCCACCCCUCCAGGCAAUACCCACGGGACGCCUUGGGGAGGGUUUCCAAUGUCUUCUUGAAAUCCCACUUUGGUUGGAGGAGAUUUCUGAGUGACAUUUAGGAGAGGAAUUUGGUUUGUUGGCAUGGUCUGACUUAACUCAUGGGGAGGCCUUCAUGAUAUCACUGUCUUUUCCAAGAGCCCCCAAGGUCCUCUCCAGCCCUGAGUCCGGGGUGCAGUUACGGGGACAGUGGCCAUGAAGUUGCGCCAGAGGAACCAGCCUGGUCUGAAGCUCUGUCGCUUGUAACGUCGGCCUCCUGAGUCUCCUCUCCAGGCUAUUUGUUACUGAUUUUGCUACAGAGCCUCUGUCUGGGAGCUGUCUACCCUCGGCCACUUUCUUUUAGCUCCUGUGUGCAUGACACCUUUUCCAUUCUCUAGUUUUCAACUUUUCUGUAUACGUAAAUGCUUUUUUGCUUUUUAAAUACUGAAAUUAAAAAUAAAUUAUUUAGCUGAAAUUCACAUAAUACAAAAUAAACUGCUUUAAAGUGAACAA